CACACGGGACGGGGGAGCCCGCACGGCUUCCAGGGGCGCGGAGCCCAGCCCCGUCCCGGAGGAGGAGCCGGCCGGGAAGGUGUGCUGGCGGCCCGGCCCUGCCCAGCCCCGGCUCCUGCCCUCGGCGCCGGGAUGCUCUGAGCCGUCCGGAGGACGAAGGAGAUGGAGCCGCUGGGGGCCAACAGCAGCUGCAGCAACGGGUCUCUGGUCACCCUUUCGUGCCUUUCCCACCGCGUCGUGUGCCAGGUCAUCGGUGAUGCUGACCCAGCUGACUCCGUCCAGGACAAUGGGACUUUGGAUAUCUUCUGGGUAACUCAGCUGGAAAGCAACUAUGGAUUCUACAUUGGUCUGGGCUUGGCUGUCUUCUCCAGCUUCCUCAUCGGAAGCAGCGUCAUCCUCAAGAAGAAGGGGCUGCUACGGCUGGUGGAGAAGGGGGGCACCAGGGCAGGAGAUGGAGGCCACGGCUACCUGAAGGACUGGCUUUGGUGGGCUGGCUUGUUAACCAUGGGCGGAGGGGAAGCUGCCAACUUUGCCGCCUAUGCCUUUGCUCCUGCAACUAUCGUCACGCCUCUGGGGGCUCUGAGUGUGCUCAUAAGUGCCAUCUUGUCUUCCUAUUUGCUUGGAGAGCGGCUCAACCUGCUGGGAAAGCUGGGCUGCAUGCUCAGCCUCGUGGGCAGCACCGUGAUGGUGAUACAUGCCCCAGAGGACGAGGAGGUCACCACUCUGGAUGAAAUGUCUUCUAAGCUGAAAGAGCCAGGUUUCCUCGCUUAUGCUGCGAUCCUCUUGGCUCUCUGCUUCCUCCUGAUCUUCUACCUCGCACCCCGCUAUGGCCAGAGCAACAUCCUCAUCUACCUCACCAUCUGCUCCGUGAUUGGUGCCUUCUCCGUGUCCUCAGUCAAGGGCCUGGGUAUUGCCAUCAAGGGCUUCUUUGCUGGCCGGCCUGUGCUGCAGCACCCACUGACGUGGAUCUUAGUCAUCACGCUGGUGGCAUCCAUCACCACACAAAUUAACUACCUCAAUAAGUCUUUAGACAUUUUCAACACCUCUUUGGUGUUUCCCAUCUACUAUGUGCUGUUCACCACCAUCGUCAUCACAACUUCCAUCAUCCUCUUUAAGGAGUGGGUCACCAUGACCGUAGUGGACAUCAUUGGGACAGUUUGUGGCUUCCUCACCAUCAUUUUGGGGGUGUUUUUACUCCAUGCCUUCAAAGACAUGGACGUCAGCUUAGGGAACCUACCAGAAGUCCUCCAGAGUGGACAGCAAGCGCCAGUCACCCGAGACGACAAGAACAUCCUAAUAGAGGUGGACAACUCCAGCAUCGCCCCAGAGGAUAAACCGAAAACGCUCGCAUGAACUCUAAAACACACACCAGUAUCUCAAACGGAGGCGAGAGACAAGGACUGAAUGGUGCACACCUGCUAUUCAGACUCUGCUCGUCCAUGUUUAAUUACUUGCUCUGCAAAUAUGGGACAAGAAUAUUGGUGAAUAUGGACAAACCAUGGCGAAUUUUGGAAUAGGCGCUCACUUAAGCUCAGUGGCAGGACCCAAGCCAUGAAGUGUUUUUUACAGGACCGUGGCAGAGAAAUCUUUUUCAGCUUUUGUUUUUUGUGAGGUGCAGGGAUUUCCCUGCAGCACAGUGUUACUUAAUUUUAUAUAGGUUUUUGUUUCUUUGGGGUAUUUUUUCCUUAGCAGCUGUGGUGCCCAGGCCAUGUUGACGUGGUUGGUGAAGCCACUGGGCCUGAUCCAGACCUCACCCGAGCAAGGGGCAGCCCCUGCUCAGGCUGAGAAGCUCUGGCAGGGUAAACCCUGUGUCAGGAGAAGCACCACCACCAUCUGUGAGCGGCUGUAAAUUUUAAGGUUGGUUUUUUUUUUUUUUCUUAGCAAAUGUCUUGGCCUUGGAGAGCCUCCCAGCUCUUUGAGCCGCAUGACCUGACCUGCUAUCACGUAAGCCCAAAAGCUUUUCUGUUGUUGUUGUUGUUUAGAGGGAGGUAUAAACUGCGUGUUAAAAGCCAACCAGGCGUUAAGUGGGUGAUGCUCUGCAGAGCUGUAGGGAUGCAGUUCAUCCCAGAGCGGUCCCGUUCACCCCUCUCCAUCUCUCAAUAUAGUAUGGAUGUUACCUGGGCUCUUGCUCACAGCUCAUCUUCAAAACCCUCUUGGAUUUGUAUCGGUGGUGAGGAUGAAGGGAUCGGAAAAAUAACAUUUUGAGCUGGAAGGUGAAAAAGGAAGUAUCACCGCAGUUAAAAGUUUCUCCCACCUUGCUGCUGGGUCUUAACAGCACCGGGAGACUCAGCUUUUGCUCACAGCAAAUCCCAAACCAGGAGCAGCAAAGCCUGAGGCGGCUUUGCCAAGCUGGCUCCGUCCAGAGGCAGCUCUGGCUGGGUUAGUCCUGGACCACAGCGCGCACUGAUGCUGUCAGAGAUGCUGACCUGAUUGUACCCGAGUCUGGGCAUGGCUGAGCAAACGCAACUUGGGGUUGGAGGGGGGAGAGGAAUAUUUAAUCUCUUACCAAAAUAACAUUUCAGUACUUUUU